AUGAGGGGAGCCAGAGGAGGGCCCCAGCAAAAUGGACAGGCCGUGGGUGUGGGGGGUGCCCCCUACCCCCCCCCUGUCCCUGGCCCCCUCGGUGCCCUCAGGUCCCACCCCCCCACCCCAGCACCCGCUCGCUCCAAAUCAGCCUCCCUGGGCGACCUGGGGGGCAAGGCCAGCGCCAAUGGGGCCGCGGGGCGGGCAGCCUGGUGGGGUCCCAGGUGCAUCUGGCAGGGCAGGGUCGCCCGUCCCAGCCUGAGCCGCCAGCCCUCGGGGGCCGAGGGGGGCCCGGGGGCCGAGAAGCCGCGGGAUUAUAUCCUGCUGGCCACCCUGUCCUGCUUCUGCCCCAUCUGGCCCAUCAACAUCGUCGCCUUCGUGUACUCCGUCAUGUCCCGGAACAGCCUGCAGCAGGGGGACCUGGAUGGGGCGCGGCGGCUCGGCCGCGUAGCCAAACUGCUGAGCGUGGUGGCCCUCCUUGGGGGCAUCGUCAUCAUCAUCCUCUCGGUCGCCAUCAACUUCGGCCACAAGAAAAAGCGCGGGCCCAAGAUGCCGGUGGGACCCCUCUGCCGGGAGGGGACAUGUUUACAUCCCAGCCUCCCUUCCCCCCAAAUGGACGGAUGAAGCAGCACCAGCGAUGGAGACCCCAGACCCCCUUCUCCCUGCUGCCUGGGGACGCGGCCAGCCAGGAGCGGGGAUUUUGGGGCCUGCAGCAGAACAUAGAAGAAAGGAAUGAGGAAGGGGGUGAAAAGGAGCGAGGCCGCUGGGCACCGAUUCCUCGUUGAUCCUAUUUACAACCCCGCGUCGGCCAACGGGGGAGAUGGGUGGGCGGCGUCUGACCAGGGAACGACAGAGGAAGAAAGGAAGAGAGGCUCCCGGAGGUUCCUCCCCGAGCCCCGCCUCGGGCUGGUCACGUUUCGGUGGCAAGGAAGGACAGAGUGAGAAAGGCCCGAAGGAGGAGUGGGGCGGGAACCGGCCCAGACGCCAACCCCACCCUGGCACCAAGUGACUUCAGACUGUUAUAGCCCUAAACUCGUGGGGAAGGGGCUGGUUCUGGGGGGAGGGGAAUGGCCCCAGCCAAGCCCCCCUUCUAGGUCCUAGCUUUUGCACGCUAUCCACUGGGUAAUGGGGUGGGGGACAGUACAA